AGUAGUAUUUAUAAUCAAUUUGGACUUGUAAAUUUAAUAAUUUUAUUUGGUUUUUUCAUAUACUUUCCUAAUAAAUAUGUUGGUUUUGUAUUUCUUACUUAAAUACUCAUGUAUCUGCACAUGCACGUAUGAAUGUAUGUAAGUGUGUACGCAUCCCGAAAUUCAAAUCAUGAUUUUACUUCGAAGAUAUUGUCGCAAUAACCAGUGCAACAAUAUCCUUAAUUAGUGAUUGACUUGAAACUAAUGGGCUUACUCUAGCGGAGAUCAAAACGGAAGCCGUGUUUAUUACUGGCACGAAAACCCGAGAGACUGCUACAUUCAGCAUUUAGAAUAGGAGAAACCCCUGGCUGGAGUUCUGAAGUUUGUCGCUCUAUAUGGCGCUGAAGUAUGGAAAAAAAGGCACUCAAGAUAUAAUCUUACGAACGUGGCCUCUUUUCCACUUAUGCCAUAUGCGCACUCAGAGUAUGUUCCGCUUUUUGUACGAAGUCGGAAGAUGCUGCCCUUGUAAUCGCAGGCUUACACCCAAUAGACCUCUUAGCCAAAGAGAUUAAGAAGCCUGUACUGGCUUUACCAUCCAGAACCCUAAGAGAAAAUGCUCGAGAAGAGACGUUGAAGAGCUGGCAAAGACGGUGGGAAGUCAAUCGAAAUGGACGUUGGACGUCACCACCGAUUCCCAGCAUUGACACAUGGCUAAAAAGACCACACGGCGGGGUAGAUUUUUACUCAACCCAAAUGCUAACAGGGCAUGGAUGUUUCAAAGCAUAUUUGAAACGAUUCAAGCACGAAAAUUAUGAUAUAUGCGACAAUUCAGAAUAUAGAAUAUAUAGCAAAUCACACAACAACAAGAUUUUCAUUUAUGACCAAAACGCCAUACAUGAGAAUCAUCAAAUUCAACUUUCUCUGGUUGCAUGGUAUAUUAAUCGGAUAGGCAUUGCACAAUUUUAUCGAAACAUAGUUAAGAAUGAAGAACAAUUUAUAUUGGUUGGGAUUUUGAAUAGCAUCCCCCGAAUCUAAACACACUUUUAACCCCGAAUUCGGGGGAUGCUAUUCUAAAUUCUACCCUUUAUAUAUGUAAUUCGUAACCAAUAAUGUAAUAAUAAAAUUCAAACAAAUGAAAAAUAGAAUACAAAAAAAAUAUCUAUCGACUGGCAGGUAAGAACUUGACAUCUUUAAGGCUAUCGAUAGUUUUUAGGUGAUUGGAGGAAUAAUUUUUAAUUUGCAUUUCACCAUUUACUACUAAUUGUUUACGUUUUAAAAUAAUAUAAAAGUACGCUAAAAUGAAAAUGAAGCUUGUUGAUUCCGUAGUGAAAAGUUUCAAGGUGGCAAAAGUUUUCCGUGAAAAUACCGACAAAAUUAAUGCAAUAGAUUUUUCGCCCAAUGGAGAGCAUUUGAUUUCAUGCAGCGAGGAUGAUCAAAUUGUUAUAUACGAUUGUGAGAAAGGAAUACAGUCUCGAACAGUUAACUCAAAAAAAUAUGGCGUGGAUCUUAUACGGUUUACCCAUGCCAACAAUACUGCUAUUCAUAGUUCAACGAAAGUAGAUGACAACAUACGUUAUCUUAGCCUCCAUGACAAUAAAUAUUUGCGCUACUUCCCUGGGCAUACUAAGAAAGUAAUUUCACUGUGUAUUUCGCCGGUGGAAGACACCUUUCUUUCCGGAUCAUUAGAUAAAACAUUGCGAUUGUGGGAUUUGCGCUCACCUAACUGUCAAGGAUUAAUGAAUUUACCUGGCCGCCCCGUUGCGGCAUACGAUCCAGAGGGAUUAAUAUUUGCUGCUGGUGUCAAUUCUGAAAGCAUCAAAUUGUAUGACUUGCGAUCAUUCGAUAAAGGUCCUUUCGUAACUUUUAAAUUAUACCAAGAGAAAGAGUGUGACUGGACUGGUUUGAAAUUCUCAAGAGAUGGCAAGAUAAUACUUAUCAGUACAAAUGGAUCCAUUAUACGUUUAGUAGAUGCCUUUCAUGGCACGCCAUUGCAAACCUUUACUGGUUACCCCAACAACAAGGGCAUUCCCAUAGAAGCGAGUUUCAGUCCGGAUUCUCAGUUUAUUUUCUCUGGAAGUACAGAUGGACGAGUUCAUAUAUGGAAUGCGGAUACGGGAUGUAAAGUGUGUGUUUUAAAUGGAGACCACCCUGGACCAGUACAGUGCGUACAAUUUAACCCCAAAUACAUGAUGCUUGCAUCGGCAUGUACGAAUAUGGCUUUUUGGCUACCAACUGCCGAAGAUGACCAAUAAAAUAUAACCCAAAUAUAUAAAUUCUAUUAUACAUUACUAUUAUUCGAACUUAAGCUCUUAGUUUUAUUUACUACAAAUGACUGAAUGAAUAACAAUAAACGUUGAUUUAUAUUCAAGUA